AUGACGAUGUGGAAAAUUUAUGCCUGGGCUCUAGCGACCGUGGGAUUUUCUUCAGCGGAGAACAGGAUCGUCUCUCUCUUCAUCCCCGACGCCGAUCCCCAGCCUCUAGCUGUCUCAAUUGUCGGAGAAGGCGCUGGUACCACAACAUACAGCAUCAACUGUCCGCCUGGUACCGAUGGCUCCGACUGUGGGAUGGGAGCGGGCCUGUGGCUCACCGCAGGAGCGACGACAACGGACUAUAGGUUGAGCGAUUAUGGACAGCAAGUGUAA